AUACAGCCAUCCUUAGCCACAUCACUAGCUUCUCACAGAAAUUGCUCUCAAGUCUUACUCAGCCUCGGAAGAGAGAGAGGAUUAAGAUCCAUCAAGAAUGGAGUUGGAAGAAUUAAGAGCAGAAACAGGAGAGAAAGUGUUUGAAGGAGAAGGAGGAGCAUACUAUGUAUGGUCCUCUUCUGAUAUGGCUUGCUCCAAUGUAGCUGCUGCUUGGCUUCAGCUUCAACCUGCUGGAUUCGCUCUUCCUCACUAUGCUGACUCUCACAAACUUGGUUACGUCCUCCAAGGGACUGAUGGGCUAGUGGGAAUGGUACUCCCAAACACAACAAAAGAAAUAGUUUUGAGCCUAAAGAAAGGAGAUGUGAUCCCAGUCCCUAAAGGAGCAAUGUCAUGGUGGUUCAACCCUAAUCACUCUCAGCAACCCAUCACCAUAGUUUUUCUGGUCAAACUUCUUCUCAGUCUUUUGUCCCUGGCCAAUUCACCUACUUCUUCCUCACUGGAGCCCUAAGCUUCUUAGGAGGUUAUUCCACAGAACUCAUCAAAAAACUUUACAACUUCACCACAGAUCAGGCACCAAGCUCACCAAAUCCCAAACAGAAUUACUAAUCAUUAAGCUCCCAGAAGGGCAUCCCAAGUUUCCUGAUCCCCAUAUAGACUUCACCAGAGAGCUAGUCUUUAACUUAGAUGCGAGCCGUGGCAGCGGGUCAGUUCAGAGUUUGACAAAGAGUGAGUUUGGGUUUAUGGGGAAGUUGGGUUGAGUGUGGUGAGAGUGAGGCUUGGAGGUGGUGAAAUUAGGGCACCAAUUCAAAGUGUGAAUUGUGGGGUUGAGGUGAUUUAUGUUGCAAGAGGAUCUGGUAGGGUUGAAGUUGUGGGG